AUGAUAAAUGGUACGAACACAAGUGAUUUUGGUUACGAUAGCUCCACUCAUUCUAUACCUGUUGAAGCAUCAAUUUGGGAUGUUUACAUACAGGUUCAUAAAGAAGUGGGCAAAUGGAGAAAUAAGAUAUUUCCUCAUUACGAGGAUUUGUGUAUUAUUUUUGGAAAUGAUAGAGUUCAAGGGAAUAAAGCCAAUGAUUUCACCCAAAUGGAAGAAGAUGCAAAUGCUGAAGAACAAACCAAACAAAUAGAAGAUGAUUUUGAAGAACAAGUAACAGAAAGUGAAGAAUUAGCAAGCUCACUGAGCGCUUUGGAUAGGUUCAAAGCAAGUCGAAAAAUAAUGCGUGAUCCUGGAACUGUGCUAAUUUUUCGGAAACUGGAAGAACAAGAUCGGGAGGAUUUUGUGAAGUUUUAUAUUGGAAGAGUGAUACGAGCAUAA